AUGGGAAACGGUAUGCGCAAGUAUUCGCAGUGCGACGGAUACUACAAAAAGCGUAGGAAAACUAAUGGUGGGUUGAGUCGGUGCGGAGAGUGAAAGGCAAAUGACACGUUGCAGACGGGGGCGCCAACUUCACGAAGGACUACUGCGAGUACUGGAAGUCGGAAAAGAAGGGCGGCAAAGACGACAACUUCGCCAUCGAACGCAACGAAUUCUCAUUUUCGAACAACAGUGCAUGUGAGGGAUUCGUGUGCGGUUCCCUCUGAAAUAAUUGCAUUUUCAGACGAUUCGCCUCUUCGGAACAGCCGGAAACCGCCGACGACGACGUUCAUUUCCUCGUUCGACAACUCGAAUAACUUCUCAAAGAACAUCGGCAGGAGAUGA